UUUGCCCAGUGUUCAUUUAAGCUUGUAAAUGGGGGAUAAGAAGAAGAAGGCUGCAUCAGUGUUUAUCAGGCUUGUUUCGGCUGCUGGGACUGGCUUCUUCUAUGUGAAGAAGAAGAAUCCCCGUAAGAUGUUAGAGAAAAUGGAGUUCCGAAAGUAUGACCCUCGGGUUAAUCGCCAUGUUCUGUUUACUGAGGCAAAGAUGAAGUGAGAGGUUGCUUAUAUUUUUACCUUCAUCUGGUUUUAAAUCGGAAUCUAUCAUGUUGAAAGAUGGCAGAAGUAGCUAUAGGAGAAGAGAUACAAAAUGGGCUUGACUUCUUGCAUGCUGGUCCACUACGACUUUUCUUUGAUUGUUGAAGUAUAACUUGUUUUCUCAUCGCACUGGAAUUUGGACUUCCUUGAAUACCUAUUGGGAUUUGAAUAUGUUAACAUUCUUCUUAUCUAUUGUUUCUGACAUUUGUACUA